UAAGCUUAUCAUUGUGGCUAAUAAACUAACUACUAAUAAUGGUUCAAGGGCGUGGCUCCAUUCACCACUUGGAACACCCAUUCGCUGCUGCCAAAAUAAUAAUGGCACAAGUGUUUCUUCCCUGCGAGAGCCCCCAAUGGCCAGAAGACAAGAAAUAUUUUUCCAUCCUCUCCAAGCUAACCUCACCCCAAGAGCUAAAGGACCUGGUCGAGUCUCAUAGCGAGGAACAACAAAAAAAGGAUGAAGCUGAUCAAGUGGUGGUAUCUACAAGCCAGAGGCUGAAAUGUCUUCGUGGCUUAGUCGUCUUUUUGACUGAGAUGGCUUUUGAAGAGGAGACAGAUGUUUUCUUUAAGACGACAUUACCCUUUAUAUGUCGCAGUGCUUCCUGUCUCGAUGUCCUUGUCCCAGAUGAAGGUGUACCAUUUAUUCAGCAACAAGAAAGUGCUGCCGUACAACUUGGUAGGAAGCUGGUUCUCUCAUUGAUUGCAAAUGCCUUUUUGUGUACAGUACCACGCGAGCAUCCACUGGGAAUAAAGAAUCGCAAGACAUUCAAUUUUGACAAAUUUUUUGCCCUAUUUGUGACAGGAGACUAUACUCGAAAAAUGUCACAGGCAGCCAAGCUAAGAUGCAUUUUAAACUAUUUUUAUCGCUCAUCUCUUCUUGAAGAAGAAGGCAACCCUGGAAUUGUAACAUACACGAGACAAGUUGUGUCUCCUGAACAAAUGCCAUCGUUGAACGAAUGGAAGGACUCACAGUAUCCUCUCUGCCAUAUAUCCAUUGAAAACAAUAUAGCCAUUGAGGAUACUGGUAGCAGGAACCUACAGGUGGAUUUUGCUGCAGCUCAUAUUGGGGGAGGAACUCUUGGCGGUGGGCGUGUCCAGGAAGAGAUUCGUUUCUGCAUAUGCCCUGAGUUGCUUGUAUCAAUGUUGAUAAUGGACGCAAUGGCGGAUAAUGAAGCUAUCAUGAUACAAGGAGCAGAGAGGUUCUCAAAGUAUGAAGGAUACGGGUCGACAUUGAUGUACGAUGGAGACUAUCAGGACCCAUCAGAAAGAGAUAUAUUUGGGAAUCUGAAUACAAGCCUUGUGGCCAUCAACGCCAUCAACUAUCAAGGAAAGUUCAAGCAGGAAGAGCAGUACAAUGCAGAAAUGAUCCUGAGAGAAUUGAACAAAGCGUUUGUUGGUUUUGUUUGCAAGGACGAGAGGGGGGACCUGCUGUUGGACUUGAUAGCCUUGAAUCAAGGAGAGUACGACCAGAGAGAGGAGGAGUAUGAGUUUGAUCCCGAGGACUGCUCUUCACAAGCAACUGCCGAUGAUUUAUUUGAUGCUGAAGAAAAUGAAGGAGAGGCAUCUCAGCCUAGUGAGGUGGCUGGUACACCUGCUAAUGAAGCUGCCCAGUCUUAUGCUAAUUCAUUGGUGAUUAAUGUUAUAGAAGAUGCUAAAUCCCUCCUGACAUCAAGUACUGUACAGACACAAGGUCGUCCUUCCUCGGAAGGUGAGCCUGAUUCACCACGAAGCUGGUCGUCCAGUUACACUGGUGAGCCUAUGCUACCGUUGGAAGUUGUUGAUGACAUUAUUGAUGAUGUUAUAAAGUUUGGAAUCAGAGAAGGAGUUGAAAGAGCAAAUGCUCAACCCAAUGACCCGGAACCAACCCCACCCACUCAAGUAACCCCGCCCAUUAAAGUAACUGAACCAGUCCAACCUACUGCUACUCCUCCUACUGAAGUAGCUCCGCCCACUGCUCCUCCCAGGGAUUCGUCAGAUAUAAAGCUUUCUAUUGAUCUGGGCCCCUCUCCAAAGAAGACUGUUAUCAGUAAAACUGGUAUUAAAGGAGGCAAGAAAAAGAGGAAAGGGCACAAGUCAAAAGGCAGCGGCACUCGUCACCUUUUUAAUAAAUCAGCCUCAACCGAUGGGCCGACCUUUCUUGAUCCUCUCUCCCUCCAGCCCUCAACCUCUCGUAUGAGCAUAGCCUGGUCGACUACCUCUACUCGUGAUGAUGGAUCAAUGCCACCUUCACCAACUGAACUGGACGCAAUCGCAUUACGCAUGGUUGGCAACAACAUUGAGGACUAUAGCUCACUGAUUGCUGAUAUCGUCAUACGGAGUGCGUUGGCAUCGUUGAGACAAUCAAAUGAUAUCAGUACUCAACUCAUGAAACAAGUCCAAGACACUCCCAGUCAAGCUAAGAUCAAUUCGUUCCUCCACAGUCUGGAGGAAGCAGAGCCGGUCUCUGACUGUGAGGAGAGACUCCUGGUUCCUUAUUCGCCACGCUGGUACAGCUUACAGAAGAGCACUCUCCGUCCUGUGGCUACCGGCAAUUGGGGGUGUGGGGCGUUUAAAGGAGACCCGCAGUUGAAGGCUAUGCUCCAGUGGAUGGCAGUUUCUACUGUUGGCAGACCAGAAAUGAAGUACUGCACAUUCAAGGAUGCUAGGAUGGAGCAGUUUCAAGAAGUUGCUAGUGCUGUGUCAAAGUCAGUAGGUACAGUUGGUUCAUUGUGUAGUCUAGUAAUGGACUAUUGCUCCAAGAGAUCAACUGGUGAUACAGACAUCACCCUCUUCAACUCAAUACUAAAGUCAUUAUCAGAUAAUAACUGAUUUUGAUGACACUAUGUAUUAUCACUAUUAUUAUUGUCAUUAUCAACUUGAAACUUUCAUUUAUCAAAAAAAACUUUGUAAACAAA